AUGGUGCCAGCAGCAGGUGGGCCGGCCAGCCAAAAGCCUCUGGAUCGCCACGUCAGGGACAUGGUCAACACCAUCACCAACCGCGUCUCCGGCAUCCCCACCGGCGGCGGCCACACCGUCGCGGCCGGGGACGACGAUGCCGAAUCGCAACAGCAGCAACAUGGGGUGAGGGUGGUGACACUGGCCGGGACCAACACCGGAGCCACCAUGCGGGGCCACUUGGACGAUCAAGACCGCAAUGCGAGGCCCCACCACCAUUACUACUCUUCCCUCAACAAGGGCAAGGGAAAGAGCGACGAGGCGAGCAAUGCUAAUGAUUUGAAGGAUGCGGCGGAGGAAGACGACGAGGAGGAGGGUGUUGGGACUUACGUGAACAGCAACUUCCAGGCCGUGAAUAACUCCAUCAUGUUCGACAGCCACUACAACACCAACGACCCCGGCGUCCAUAUGGACAUCUCCGACCACCACCACCCCCGCCACCUUCCACUGCACCGCGGCGGUGACAGGCUUGGAAACAGGAGGGGGAAGAAGAACAUUGUGGACGGUGGUGACGAGGAACGCUUCAGAAGUCGUCGUCAUGAGCGAGGAUCUGAUGAUGACGACGGAUUCUUCUGA